ACAGACCAGCUAGAUCUACUUACACAAUUAUAAUUACACCAGCAGAAAAACAGUGUGCAGUUCUUGAAAUGAACUUAACACAAGGUUCCCAUGCCAUUGUAGACUCUGAGACCACAGAGAUCAUGCUCACUUGGGAUAAUGUUUAUGACUGAAGAACAGCAUUUAUACUACAUUAUCUUUAUUUUUCUGAUGUUUCCCCAUUACAGAGGCGCAGCCUGCCGAAUCGAACGCUGUGCAUCAAGGCUCUAGGGCUCGCCUCCCAUCCCAGGAGAACAAUACAAGACUGAGGGGGAGGCAGAAAUAACACGGAGUCAUGUCUGACUCUGAGACCAUUGAGACAGCCGCUCUGGGCCGACCAUUCCAGCUGGGGAUGCUGUAUGACUGUCGCAGGGAUGUCCUCAUUCCAGGUAUCACACUCUGGGAUUCUGAAAUGCUACAGAAAGACAUAAAUGUCUCUCCACAACCUAACACUGAUUUCAAAAUCAUUGCUUCCGACUCAAGUGAAGCCAAGUCAGAAGCUUUGAAUGUGUCUGCAUCUCUGGAGGCCAGUUUCCUUGGUGGCUUAGUCAGUGUGAAGGGUUCUGCUGAAUUCCUACAUGAUAAAAAGACCUCAAAGCAUCAGUCUAGGGUUUCUCUGCAGUACCGUACCACCACUCACUUCGAGCAGCUGACCAUGGACCACCUGGGGGCAGGAAAUGUGAAACACUGUAAUGUCUUCCGAGAGGGUUCUGCCACACAUGUGGUGACUGCCAUUCUCUACGGUGCACAAGCCUUCUUUGUUUUUGACCGUGAGGUUUCCUCAGGAGAAAACCACCAGGAUAUUCAGGGAAACCUGCAGGCCACAAUAAAGAAGAUUCCCCUCAUAACAAUAGAAGGGCAGGCAUCACUGAAGAUGAGCGAGGAAGAGAAGCAACAGGCCAAUACAUUCAGCUGCACUUUCCAUGGUGAUUUUGCACUAGAAAACAACCCUGUCACAUUUGAAGAUGCCACCAGGCUGUAUGCCGGCCUGCCACGUCUGUUAGGGGAAAAGGGAGAACAUGCUGUGCCCAUGACUGUCUGGCUCUAUCCUCUCAAGAACCUGGACUCUGCAGCGGCCCAGCUAGUCAGGCAGAUCAGUGUUAGCCUGGUGUGUCGUGCACAGCUAAUCUUAGACGGGCUGGACAACACUGAUGUACUAUUCCGGGACUUGAUGAUGGAAGGCAUGGCUAUCAAGUUCCCUGAAAUCAAAGCCAAGCUGAGCAAGUUCAGGGACUUGUGCUCAGAGUACAAGCUGGUUUUCCAGAAAGGUCUUUGCAAGGUUCUUCCCAACAUAAGAGGAGAAGGAAUGGAAGAAGAAGAGCUGAUAAAAAUGCUCAACAGUAAGGACCGCUCUCCAUUCCAGAAUGACCUUAUGAUCACGUACCUGGAUGACAAAGAGAGAGAGAUGAAUGUUGUCAGCUCUUACCUUGACAUAAUGAAAGAGGUACAAGUUGUGUACUCAAGUAGUGAAUUGGAUGGAAUAGUGCUUGAUCAAGCUAAAGAUCAUGUAGUGUGCUUUGCAUUCUCCUCUUUGAAGGACAAAGAUGAGUAUUUGGUAGACUUGGAGAACUACUUGCUGGAAGAAUCAAAGAGUGAUUCUUCAGUGAUACCAUACGACCCCAACGCAGUUGGGAAAUCAGCAGCAGAAAAGUGGUUUCGCUCAGGGGAGGUAACCACCCUAAUCAGGCAAAUCAUACAACUGUUCCUAGACUUCAAAGAGUCAAACAAAGACAGAGAAAAUAUUGCAUUCUGCAUUGCAUCGAUUCCAAGCAAAUGCAUCACUGCAUCCUCCAUCCAUGUCUAUGAAAGAGGGACACUGUUGAGUCCCCAGUUUGAACUGCCAUCAAAGCCAGGUGUCCCCACCAUCAAGAGUCUGGAGCAUGACUGUGUCCACGUGCAAAUCAACCCUCCCCACCUUGGCGUCAAGUCUGUGGAGUCGUACCAGGUUUUGUACCAGGCUGUGCAGGCUGAAUCUGAGUGGACAGAGAUCAAAGCUGAUACUACCACUAACCAGGUCACCAUCAGACGUUUGAACCCCUAUAAUGACUAUCGCUUCAGCUGCAGGGCGCUGUGUAGACCUGGUGUGAGCCUCUCCAGUGACUGGACAGAAUACUCCAGGACCCGCCCAUGUAGCCCCCCUGGACCACCCACAGAGAAAAACCUGGAAUAUAAAAGUAUCAGAGUGAACUGGGACAUUCCUACCAUGGUGGGAGACGAUGUUGAAGUCAUAGGCUAUGAGACUGACUACAGAGAGUGUGCGAAGUCUGUUGACAAUAAGAUGUGGCACACCAUCAAAACCACCACCAGAGAGUGCACACUGGAAGGUCUAAAGCCUGAAACUGCAUACAGUGUCAGAGUCUCUGCUAACUGUGGCGAAGCAGGGAAGAGUCUACCCAGUCCUGAGGCAGUGCUGACUACCAUCAGGGCUUCUGACGCCCAACCGAAGAGGAGCCAAUCAACAGGAGCAAGAAGUGAGGAAUUUCUAAAGAAAUCAGAGAAGGUUAAGAAAGGCAACCCUUCAAUCUAUAGGCUGAAUCUGGAACAGAAGUUGGAUGUAAUGGAACGUUUUGAACAGUACACAUUUGGAGGGAAAGUUGAGAAAGGGAAUAACAAGGUAAUCCUGCUUCUGGGGUCCACGGGUGCAGGAAAAACCACUCUGGUCAAUGUCAUGAUCAACUACAUUCUCGGGGUGAAGUGGGAAGAUCACUACCGCUUUAAGCUCAUCCAUGAGGUGACCAACAGGUCACAGGCUGAGAGCCAGACUUCAAUCGUAACAUCAAACGAGCUCUACAACCAGCCAGGCUUUCAGAUUCCUUAUUCUCUGACCAUUAUUGACACACCAGGGUUCGGAGACACUAGAGGAAUGGCACAUGAUAAACUAAUCACACAGCAAGUUAAGGAAUUCUUGUGUAAUCCUUUAGGGAUUGAUCACAUUGAUGCAGUCUGCUUUGUAGUGCAGGCAUCUCGUCUCAGUGCCAAUCAGAAAUACAUAUUUGACUCCAUCCUGUCCAUUUUUGGAAAGGACAUUGCUGAUAACAUCCUGAUGCUUGUGACAUUUGCUGAUGGGAAGGACGUACCUGUGCUGGAGGCCAUCCAAGCUGCGGACCUUCCCUGUAAAAAAAAUAAAAAGGGACUCCCAACCCAUUUCAAAUUCAACAAUUCAGUUCUGCUCUCUCAGAAAGUAGAAGAAGACAUAAGCUCUGAAGGAGAUGGUUCAGAGGAUGAUAAUGAGGAAGGACUAGAGAAGAUUGUCUGGAGGUCAACUUUUAAGCAGAUGAAAGCUUUCUUCAAAGCCUUGGAAAGCAAUGAGAGCAAAGAUCUAACAAUGACCAAGAAAGUGUUGGAAGAACGUGAGCGUUUGGAGAAGGCCAUGACACGAUUGACCCCUCAGAUCACAGCAGGUUUGUCAAAGCUGAAUGAGAUCAAAACUUUCGAACAGUGCCUGCAGAACGAGGACGAGAACAUGAAACAGAACCAAGACUUUGAGACAGAGCUAGAGGUUCUAGUUGCGAAGAGGACCAAAUUAAGUUGUUUUGAUACAAACUGCAUUGUUUGCAAGUUCACAUGCCACACCAGCUGCUUUCUGCCUAACGAGGAUGACAUCAAAAAAUGUGCCGUGAUGGAUGGUUAUGGUAACUGUGUCAUGUGUCCAGGAAACUGCUCUUACCUUAACCACGACAAGGAAAAAGCCUUAUGGACAUAUGAAACUAAGACAGAGAAAAAGACCAUUAAAGAGUUGAAGGACAACUUCAUGAAGGCACAGGGCAAGUUUAUGAACAACAAGCAGAUGCUGCAGAAGAUUGAAGAUGAGUACAUUAGGCUGAAUGAGAUUGCACUGAAGCCAAGCUCUCUCUCCACUGUGGAGUACAUCGAGAUACUCAUUCGCACCGAAGAGGACCAACUCAAGCCAGGCUUCGAAGAUCGCAUCGUAGGGUUGAAGAAAAUGAAAUAUGAGUCUGAGCUUCUAGAGAAGAUGGCAAGAGGAGAGGAACUACUCCCCGAUGAGCGACGCAAGGUUAAGGAGAAACAAGACAGACUGCAGAAGAUCACAAAAAGACUCAACCAAAUGCAGAAAGUAGUCAGAGAUUGGCCAGGGAAGAAGUAG